AUGUCAUUCAAUUUCCACAACCUGAAUACUCUUGUCCUGAUACUCGACACACUCGUCCCAGGUGCAUUCAUCAGCAUUCAAACCCCAAGAUCUCAUCUGACUCGCACCAGCCAGAUCAAAGAGCCCCUACAGAGAGGUGGUCUACUUCAAGACCACGAGCCGCUCCAGUCUGAACCCAGGUACGAGUAUGAGUCCAAGCCAAAGUCAGGACCAGAAACACAGCCAGUACAAGAACCACAGCCCUCCCCACCACCAGCUCCAACGCCGGCUCAGUUCCAGCGCCGCAAAGCUCUAGAAGAUGAAUACACCGUUCUCAGUCGUUCCAUUCUCACCAAGCGAAGGUUCUUCAGCCUCGGUUCACCCGGCGAAUGUGGCGGACUAAAAGAUCUGUUCGGCGCCCUGGCGGGCAAUGUCGAGGGUGGGGGCAAAGACGCCGAAGCCACGCUGCUGGAUGACUGGGCCGAUCAUUUGGGUGAAGAGAUUCGGCUCAUCAAAACGCGGUUUCUUGAUGAUGAUAAUGAGGUGCAGAGGAUUGAGGCGAGGCUUAGGGAGGUUGAGGAAGAGUUGGAUGCGUUGCCGUGA